AUGUCUGGGGGGAAGGGUGGCAAAGCUUCUAAGAUGGUUCACGGUAGCGGCAAAGGUGGUCAUAGCAUAAAGCGAGCGACCACAAGGUCAGCUCGUGCUGGAUUGCAGUUUCCUGUUGGCCGACUGCAUCGACAAUUAAAAACCAGAGCGACCUCUCAUGUGAGGGUUAGCGCCUCUGCAGCCGUCUACACUGCUGCUAUUCUUGAAUACCUCACAGCUGAAGUCCUCGAGUUGGCCGGUAAUGCAGCGAAGGAUCUCAAGGUGAAAAGGAUCACGCCUCGCCACUUGCAGUUGGCGAUUCGUGGCGACGACGAGUUGGACACGCUUAUUAAGGCGACCAUUUCUGGAGGUAUCAUUUGA